AGAGAUUUCCGAAGAGCCACAACUCUCGUCGUUGCGCAUUCAUAAUCUCAUUCAUAAUCAGAUUAAAGCGACACAAGCGCCAUUCAAGCACAUCCCAGUUCCCGCUGAGUGACGCUGGGAUUCCAAGGAGCCAAUCAAUGACCAAGCGUCUGGAGGAGAUGGAAUGGCGGACAGGUCGAAGAAAUUCAUAGGCUUGUGAAAUUUGUGGAACGUUAAGAUCCUGUUUUUUCUCUCUUCGUCGGCAGUGUUCCAGGUCUUGUUCACGGUUCCAAGGCAGAUAGAACAUUUUAACGUUUAUUAAAGGCAUUCUAGGUCGCCGGUUUCAUCUCCAGCUUCCUUUUCCCCCUUUUUCCUGUUCCCCUAUAUCGACGAUUGCCAAGAAGGAGGACAUGAAAACGGGCUUCGAAGAGUUUUGAAGAUUUUUUUUUAUAGUGAUUGGUGUUCCGAUUAUACAACGUAGAUAUCGGGCUUUAGUGUAAUAAUGUGAUUGGUAUUAGAUCAUAUGACAUCGCGGGAGAGAGCUAAUUGGAUUAUUAAAUUGACAGUGUUUGUGGCGUCAGUGUGCAAUGGCGUUUUAACAUUCGUUUAUUUAGAGACAAAAUGAACUCAAGGACGCACUUGGGAGCACCCAUGAUCCGAAGAUCUCUACGCUGGGCCUGGCUAUGGGCGUGUGUGUGGGCGUGGGUAGUGUGCGGGACGGGCGGCGAGUGUCCGAAGCCGUGCCAGUGCAAGUGGCGAGACGGAAAGGAGACGGUGUCCUGCCCCGACGCAGAGUUCAUCGACAUCCCGCGCGGCCUGGAUCCCUCGACGCAGGUGCUCGACCUCAAGCAGAACAACCUGCAGAUCCUGCCGCGAGAUGCCUUCGUCGACACCGGCCUCGUCAACCUGCAGAAGGUGUGGCUCAACUUCUGCAACCUGAAGCACAUGGACAGCGGGGCGUUCAACAAGCUGGCCAACUUGGUGGAGCUUGAUCUGAGCCACAACCUCCUGCGCGCCGUUCCUUCCGAGGCCCUCAAGGAUGUGCCUGGACUAAGGGAUUUGAGACUCGCCUACAAUAAUUUAGAGACUCUCUUAGAUGCGGCUUUUACUCCAACACCAGACCUCGUCCGUCUGGACCUCUCUUUCAACCUCAUCGCCAGUGCUAAUGAACGUGCUUUCCGUGGCCUUACUCGUCUAGAAGUACUGAAGCUGUCUGGUAAUAAAUUCACCACGUUGCAUGCCAGCGUCGUCUUGCCUUUAGUUGCAAUCCACGAGCUGCAUUUGGACGGCAAUCCGUGGCACUGCGAUUGUUCUCUCCGGCCUCUGCGGGAGUGGAUGGUCGAGCGGAACGUUGCCUUCUCAGAGCCGCCCUCGUGUCUGAGGCCGAAGCGCCUGCAGGACCAUCACUGGCAGACUCUCACCCUCGACGAAUUCGUGUGCGUUCCGAAGGUCACUGCCGUCGCCCCCCGGGUGCUGGCUGCCCACGGGGAGAACGUGUCCCUCGCCUGCCGCGUCGAAACAGACAUUGAUGCCGCCGUGACCUGGCUGCUCGGCAACCGUCCGCUCCAGAACGGGAGUGACUCUCAGCGCUACCGGGUGCUAGAACUCGUGUCGCCGAACCAUGCAACUCGCUUUUCGAAUCUCACCAUCGCUGGCGCCGCCCCUCGGGACCAAGGAACAUACCGCUGCGUAGCCGAGAACAAAGCGGGUGUCGUCGAAACCAAUCUCACACUGCAGGUGUCCAACGAGAUCGCUGAAGUCCGGCUGGUGACGAUGGACCGAGUCUUCGUGACCGGAGGACUUCUGAGCGUCGUCGCCGUGAUGGUGUUCAUCCUGUUCCUCCUCGUCGUUCUCCUCUUCCGCAGGCGACAGCGCGGGCGACGAAGAGGCCCAGAAACGGAGAACAAGACGGAGACGCCACAGUCUUCUCAAGGCCACGCCAGCAACUCGAGCGAAUCUCACCCAAAACUCGCCGACUACCACAUCGUCCCCACCAACGACAUCGACGAGCCCUCGCCGUUGCCCACGCACUCGGACAAGUCGUGGAUGCUGAGAGACGCGUCCGUCGACGACUUCCCCUCGACCAAGGAGCUGGAGAAGUCCAACCUCUACGCCGAGUCGGACCAAAGAAGGCUGCAGAAGCCUUUGCCAGACCGAAACGGAAAGCAGACCUCGCCCAGCACGGUGUCCUACGUCGAGAUCCCGAAGUCGGAGCUGGCUGUCACGCAGGACGGCGGAGUAGACGAACGUUUGCACUGGAAAGAGCAAGGCUUCGACAGCAAAGAGGGUUUGCUGCGAAAGGGGUGCAGCCAAAUGGGGUCGCAGUUGUCCAUGGGCAGCGGUGGUCACUACCCGGACCUGCUAGACUUGCCAUAUACGCAACAGCAGUUACAGCACCUUCAAGGCCAGAAGGAGAGAGGAUCGCCAUUACAGUUGUUAAACUCUGCCUAUGGCACCAUUUCUAGGAAUCCUCGUGGAGGGUACGGCGGAAUGCUCACCUCGUCUACGGUGGAGGACCAUCCCUACGCCGAGUCCUCCUUCACGUUGCCUGCAUCAGACCGAUACAGGUCUGCGAGCGCCCUCAACCUAGCUUUGGGCGAGGCCAGCAGCCCCGACUACACCCACCGGCCGCCCGUGCGACACCAGCUCUCCCUCCCGGAUUCCUCGCCCAUCUUACACGCCCACGAACGAACACUGAGAAACCUCAUGGCUGCACACAGGGCGGACUUCCCUGAAGGCGGCGCUGUCGGGGGCGUGGGCAAACUCGACGCCUCCUCCGACCCGUGCCGCUUCGAGUACCACGCUGCCCAGCUGGAGAAGUUCCUGAUGGAGUACCGGAGCCUACAGGAGCAGCUGUACCGUAUGAAGGAGUCCUAUGAGGCUCAGCAGAGGGCAGGAUCCUUGUCGAGAAUAGACACGAUUCCCGAGAGCGGAGGCAGCGCCCUGGACGAGUCGCCGCCCCCGCCCGCAGAGGAGGACUCGUCAACCAGCAAGUUGCCCCGCUACGCCCGCGAGGACCCGGGUAUCCUGCCGGGGAGUAUCCUGAGUGCCGCGGAGCCCCUCAGGUCCAUCCUCAAGAAGAGGUACGAUGAGGGAGCGCGCGCACUUCCGAGCCCCUACUCCAAAAGUGCCUACUACGGGGACGACCAACACCUGCUCUUCGGGGCGCCGUCCUUCGUCGAACUCGCCGCCGCGCAGAAGCAGUACCCGGAGCACGACUCGUGAGAGCUGUGCACAGGGGGUGUUAACCGGGGGACGGGACCAGAGAUGACGUCACGAGAGGGGGCGUGGUCUUCAUUAACGUGAAGAGAGAAUGGGAAAAACGGAAAGGAAGGAAGGGACAGGGGAAGGGAAAAAUGGGGAAAGGGAAAAGAGAAGACGAAAAGGGUAAAAUAGGUGACCAAAGAAACCGCCAGAUACCGUCCAUCCAACACAAGAGGAAGACUUGGUGGCUCCUUUAACACAGGAAAACACUUGACAUCCUGUGGAUCCAACGUAUGCUCAUAGGAUGGUCAUCACGCUGGGAAUAACUCUUAUAGAGUGAUCAUCAGUUUUAACAAUAGUCCUUUAAAAACAAUAAAAGCGAAAAAAAGAACGUAACUAUGACGGUAAUUCAUUAGUUGUACUUCUUCAAACCUCAAUUUCUACUCCGAUUGUUGUUACUUUUAUACAUGAGUUUUUCUUUUUGCUGGCGAUAAUACAGGCAAAAGAAAAAAGAAAGAAAGAGAAAAAAAAGAGAGAGAGAGAGAAAAAUAAUCUCCGUGUGUCAGUGUGAGUGUAGUGAGUGUUUACAGUAUUUUUCUCACUACACGUUUUCGUCCCUCGCACAAGACAUGCUAAAACCUCGUGAAGCUGGAACAAUAACAACAACUACAACAACAAUAACAACAAGAGCAACAGCAACAAGAGCAACAAAAGCAACAACUGCAGCAACAACAACGUGUAGAAAGGAUUUGCAAAAGAAAACAAUUUCUGGCUGUUUUCUUAAUUUGUUUCUAUAAUUUCUUUUAUACUUUUAUACUUUUAUACUUUUUAU